CUGCCAGCUGUGGCCACCAGGGGGCAUCCCCACCCCAAAGAUGGCCUCACCCAGGCAGACACACCCACUCCUCGUCAAAAGGUGUCUGUUCCUUGGCUCGUGCAGAGCUUCUUGUCCCAGCCCCCCGCAUUGUCCUGGACACCAAAUUUGCAUAAAUCCUGGGAAGUUAUUACUAAGCCUCAGUCGUGGCACCAGGUAAUUUCCUCCCCGGCCUCCAUGGGCUUUUGUAUAAAGGCCCUCGAGCCAGUCCCUACCAGAGCCCAGAGCCUGCAGACCCACCCGGACCUUCGGCUAAGCCUGCCGCCCAGAGCCCCAUGAAGCUGACGGCCCUGCAGCUGUUGCUGUGGCAAAGCGCGCUCUGGCUAGUGCAAGAAGCCAGCCCCCCGGGCCCGGGCAGCUCCCUGCCCCAGAGCUUCCUGCUCAAGUGUUUAGAGCAAAUGAGGAAGGUCCAGGCUGACGGCACAGCACUGCAGGAGAGGCUGUGUGCCACCUACAAGCUGUGCCACCCCGAGGAGCUGGUGCUGCUGGGACACGCUCUGGGCAUCCCCCAGCCUCCGCUGAGCAGCUGCUCUAGCCAGGCCCUGCAGCUGACGGGCUGCCUGCGCCAACUCCAUGGCGGCCUCUUCCUGUACCAGGGCCUCCUGCAGGCUCUGGCGGGGGUAUCCCCCGAGCUGGCCCCCGCCUUGGACACGCUGCAGCUGGACAUCAGCGACUUUGCCGUCAACAUCUGGCAGCAGAUGGAAGAGCUGGGGGUGGCCCCGGCAGUGCCGCCCACCCAGGGAACCAUGCCAACCUUCACCUCGGCCUUCCAGCGCCGGGCGGGAGGGGUCCUGGUGGCCUCCGACCUGCAGAGCUUCCUGGAGCUGGCCUACCGCGCCCUGCGCUCCUUUGCCAAACCCUGAGCACAGCCCUCCCCAACCAGUGUAUUUAUCUUUAUUUAAUAUUUAUGCUUAUUUAAAUCUAAUAUUUAAAGAUGGAAGAGCAGCAAGGAGCCCCGGACUCUCGGGUCCUUCCUGCCAUCUCCGAGUUUCAUUCUCCUGCUCGUGGCAGGGAGAAAAGCCCCUGUCUUCCUGUCCCCUGGACUGGGAGGUAGCUACGUAAAUACCGCGUAUUGACUCCUGUGACUGCUCCCCGGCCUGGCUCUGUGGUGGGCACUGGGAAGAACCCCAGUGAACUCCUUACCCCAAGGGUACCCACCUUGAGGCCCCUGGAAGCAUCAGGAAGUCUCCCAUGUGGGAGACAAGACAACCCUGUUUAAUAUUUAAACAGCAGUGUUCCCCUCCUGGGUCCCCCUCGCUCUGGCCACCCCAGCUUGGCCUGCGCAUUCCCAGUGGGCCAGCUCUUGCUUCACCUCACAUCCCCUUCCCCACUGGCAUUAGGCCCCACAGGAGGCGGCCAGAGCAGGGAGGCUUGACCCUGGGGUCCCACGAAUUUGCUGGGGAAUCUAGUUUUUAAGAUGUGUUCGGGAAUAUUUUGACUUCCAGUAUGAGGAGCCUGGGCAUCGCCGGUGUUCCUCAUCUUUCUGGACGCCCUAGAGCGCCGACCACAGGCUCCUGCCGCCUGCCCCACCCUCACCAGGGUCAGGAUUCUGACUCUUCAAGGGGGCGGGACAGGGAGUGUGGGAGGGAAGAUGUGGGGGGUUAUCUGAUGGGGUAUGUGAGAGGAAUGCUCAGCUCUUCACCCUCCGCCUCUGCCCCCACUUUCUCACUGUAGCCAAACUUUGUGAUAAUAAAAUAUUUUG